AUGAAAGUCAGCAGUGACAUGAUCCAAAGGAUGCUCCAAGAAGCAGAAAAAGUUUGGAGUCCUGAGUUUUUCAAGGUCAUGAAAGAAACAAAGGAACCUUUCCUAAAUGUCAUAUAUGAUGGUGAACCCUUGGGAAAGAUCUUCUGGGACCAUGUGGUAUUGGUUGGAGAUGCAGCUCACCCCACAACUCCUCACUGCCUUAGAAGCACAAACAUGUCAAUAUUAGAUGCAGCAGUGUUGGGAAAAUGCCUUGAGAAGUUUGGAGCAGAAAAAGUAAGAUCAGCUUUAGAAGAAUAUCAGCUCGGCAGGCUACAUGCAACUUCCAAGCAAGUUCUGCAUAGAAGAGAGAGUGGCAUAGGAAAUAUGGUUGAAGGAGAAAAACCAAAGGCAGUGAUAGUGGGAGGUAGCAUAGCAGGUAUAUCAAAUGCACAUGCUCUUACCUUAGCUGGUUGGGAUGUUCUUGUGCUUGAGAAAACCAUUUUACCUCCAACUGGAAGCCCCACUGGUGCUGGUCUGGGACUCAACUCUUUGUCCCAACAAAUCAUUCACUCAUGGCUUACACAAUCACAACAACUCCUACACAACACCACUUUACCUCUAACCAUUGAUCAGAACUAUGCAACUGAUAGUGAGAAGAAGGUUAACAGCACAUUGACAAGAGAUGAGAGUUUCAACUUCAGAGCAGCACAUUGGGCAGAUCUUCAUGGCCUUCUGUACAAUUCACUGCCAUCAGAUAUAUUUUUAUGGGGUCACCUUUUUCUCUCUUUCCAUCUUGUGGAUGGUAAGGGUUCUGUCAUGGUAAAGGCUAAGGUUCUAGAAACUGGCAAGGUUGUAGAGAUAGUAGGGGAUUUGCUUGUUGCAGCAGAUGGCUGCCUCUCUUCCAUUCGCCAGAAAUAUCUCCCUGAUUUUAAACUCAGAUAUUCAGGCUAUUGUGCAUGGAGAGGGGUUCUUGAUUUUUCAAAAAUUGAGAAUUCAGAAACCAUCACUGGUAUCAGAAAGGCAUACCCUGAUCUAGGAAAAUGCUUGUACUUUGACUUGGCCUCAGGCACACACACUGUGCUGUAUGAGUUGCAAAACAAAAAACUCAAUUGGGUUUGGUACGUGAAUCAGCUAGAGCCUGAAGUUAAGGGGACAUCAGUGACAACGAAAGUAAAUAGUGACAUGAUCCAGAAGAUACAGCAAGAGGCAGAAAAAGUUUUGAUUCCUGAGUUGGUAAAGGUCAUAAAAGAAACAAGGGAACCUUUCUUAAAUUUCAUAUAUGAUAGUGAUCCCUUGGAGAAUAUAUUUUGGGACAAUGUGGUAUUGGUAGGGGAUGCAGCUCACCCAACCACUCCUCACUGUCUUAGAAGCACAAACAUGUCUAUAUUAGAUGCAGCAGUGUUAGGCAAAUGCAUGGAGAAGUGGGGAGCAGAAAAUCUUGAAUCAGCUUUAGAAGAGUAUCAGUUCAUUAGGCUACCAGUCACCUCCAAGCAAGUUAUGCAUGCAAGGCGUCUAGGUCGCUUGAAACAAGGGCUGGUUCUACCUGAUAGAGAACCUUUUGACCCAAAGUUAGUUAGGCCAGAGGACUAUCAGGAGCUUCUACUGAGGAACACACCAUUCUUUAAUGAUGUGCCUGAGUUACUUGGUUUAAUACCAUCUUCCAGUUCUCCAUCUGAUUGCUUGUAG